GCGCAAAUGCUAUUCACGGAUUGGCUUGGCGCCAUGGCUUGGGGACACUGUUUCGCAGAAAAGCAUCCGCAGGAAGGGUGCAUCAGUGGAAGCCGCUGAUUGUCGAAUUUCAGCGCCCACCCCUGCGUGAUGGCUCCUUUCCAAUUUCCCACCGCCCUUUGAUUCAAUCGUUGGGCGCGCGGCUCCAUCGACUGCCAUAGGUCGCCCGUCCCUGGUUAUCGCCAAUUUCACCAUUUCCCGCUUCUAGCACAUCGCCCAUUUUCUGGACAAUGCGGCGCUAUGCCAAGAUAAAUAGAACUCCCUUUCCCCAUGACCUCAGCUGCCAUCCCGCCCAUUGCUCUUGGCUGAUCCUCUAGUACUUCACUGCCGCCAUACCAUACCAUGUCUGUCGAUCCAGCACAGCAGCAGCCCAGGAAGAGGAGGAACACCACCGACACCGUCAAACGCACCACGCCCGAGGAUGACCAUCGCCGCAAGCGACGCAACCGUACCACCCAGUCAUGCCUCAACUGCCACACGUCGAAGCGGAUGUGUGAUCGCAAACGUCCAUGCGGCAGGUGCACGCAACUAGGCCUCACGGGUCUCUGCGUCUACGAGGUAGACGACCCCAGCCGAAAGUGCUCUAGUGGCGACUCACAGGACGAGCAGUCUCGCUUGCAGAAACGUGUUGCCGAGCUCGAGAGCGUCAUCCGCGAGCUCAAGAACAAACCACAUCCCCGAUGGGUCUCGGGGGCCGACGCUGUGGAGAAGAUCGAGAAGGUCCUCGGCGAGUCAUCCAAUUCACCGUCCUCAGCGCCCAAGGACACACAGUCAAGCCCUUCGUCACCACGAGCGUCCAUCCAGCCCACGCUACGUACCGGCGAGUGCAGCACACCACACGCAGAUAUGACCAGUCCCUCCCUCCGCCACCCCAACUUCUCUUCACAAAGCUCCCCUUUCAUGAGCGGCUGCUCCACACGGGUGCCCUCGAGCCCCUCCAUCUGCGGCAGCUCACCCAUCGACACGCCAUCCCCAAUGACGCUCUCUCCGAUCGAGCCGCAAAUCAUGUCAGGCGUCAUGCCAGCGGAGUAUGACUUCUCCGCACUAUUCUCCGGCGAGUCCGCAGAGAAGACGGGCCUCGAGGACAGCUUCUUCGGUGACCUCUGGGACCGCCUCAUCCGGCAUGAUGGACCAUGCGACGCGAGCCGCGGCGAGCACUGUGGAUGUCUCAACGACCCCGCAUUGUACAACGUGAUCCUCGAGCUCUCGCUCCGACUGCGCAAGGCUGCAGACCUGCUCAGCCGUUCCCCGAAGCAUGCUAUCGGCUCAGGGACUUGCUGCCUCAUCACCCAGAACAUCGCGGAGCUAGACCGCUUCACAUCGAAUGCGCUGGGGAACAUCAGCACCCCUCCGGACCCUUUUGUGCCAUACGCUGCUGCUUCUCGGGAGCGGCCCACUUUCGCAGCGGGUGCGACAAAUGCGACUUUGCAAUGCAAUGCAUUCGGCUCGGCCCGCCCAAACGCAUCUGUGGCGCCAGCAGCCACAGUCGCACCUCCGCUACAAUCGAUGCGGCCGUGGGAUUACAAGACCGCGUCAUAUCCAAGUCCUCCUUGGGACGAUUCGUUCAUGUCUUGGGUGCCGCAGCCACAGCGGCGUUGACUGCCCGUCGUGCAGCCGCACCUUCCAUUUCUAUGCAGUAUGUUCUGGUAUGCUCGGAUUGGAAUCCAUCUCGUUCUAGAUUAUGAAUAGGCGCAUACAUAGAGGGCUCUUGGUCGUGGCAUGAACACAUUUGCAUCGCAUAACAUCGCAUCGCAUAUACCUAUGUCGUCUCUGUAGAAGCUAGCAGCUGUAGAUAUAUCCAGCACAAGUACUCAGUCGCUCAAUAUGAAACAGAUCACUAUCUAUCGCCCGUGCGACGAACCCC